AGCCUCGUUGAACUCUUACGUCUCCUAGUCCAAGAAUACCGUAUUUCCGCAAAGAGCAACCUGUAUGGCUAAGCUUCCUUUUCCAAAUAUGAGCCGUAGAAUCUCUCCUUUUAUUCCCACCCUUCUGCUUUUAUUCUGUCUUGGUUUGCAGCUCGCCAAAGGUAGUAUCACUGAUACUAUCCGACCAGGCCAAUCACUGACAACCUCGGAGACUAUUGUCUCUGCUAAGGGAAAGUUUGAACUUGGUUUCUUCUCCCCGGCAAAUUCGACUAGGAAUUAUGUGGGAAUAUGGUACAAGAAAGAUCCUAACCGCACCGUAGUUUGGGUUGCAAAUAGAGAGCGGCCAUUCCCAAAUUCCUCUGCCGUUCUAACCCUUAAUCCGGAUGGGAACCUUGUAAUAUCUGGCGGCAUAAUGCAGUACAUGGUGGCCAACACUUCUGCUGGGAACGAUACCUAUGCCAUCCUAUUGGAUACAGGCAAUCUUAGAGUUAUCAAGUGGGUCUCAGAUGUUGUUUUGUGGGAAAGCUUUGAGCAUCCUACAGAUACUCUUUUUCCCGUAAUGAAAGUUAGUGAUGUCACCAAAGGAUGGUCAUUAACAUCAUGGAAAAGUACUGAAGACCCUGCUCCUGGUCUUUUCUCUAUGCAUCUCGGUUCUUGGAACGGAGGUUCUUGGAAAGAAUUAAUAGUAAUGAAGGGAUCUGUAACAUACUGGUCUAGCGCAUUCAUUGGUCUUUUGAAUGAUAUAUUAGUGAUUGAUGGGGAGUCCGUUACUUGGCGUAGUAAGUACACCGAUAAAAUGUUAAGAAUAGUUUUAGAUGUAACAGGGCAGUUUAGACUGCUCGAAUCGAAAGAAGAUGGCCUGUCUUGGCAUUCGUUACCUCGCCUAAGUGUGGAGCUUAUGCAUUAUGUGGUGCUUACAGCAUAUGCAGUGAGACAACCGAUAGAAGAUGUGACUGUUUGCCAGGAUUUAAACAGGUGGUUGCUGAAGGAAAUAAGUCGAGUGGCCGAGGGUGUGUGA